UCUUCAGGCGACAUGCAUUUCAAUAUAAUUUUGGCAUUUAUUGCCAUUUAUGGUUUAAGUGUAACGCAGGCGGGAGUUAUUAAAGCCCCACAAACGCCCUGGGAUUUGAUAGAAGCAAUUAGAGCUACAUCACAAAUUCGUGUUAAUGGAACUUGGAUAACAGAUGAAGAAUUUUAUUACACUGCCACUGAUAGAUCCAUACACAAGUUCAAUGCUGCCACCGGUAGUGAUUCGAUUUUUGUUACCUCAGAUUUUUUGAACAUUUACAAUCGCAGCAGUUCCUUUAAAUUAUCCCCCGAUAAUACUAAAAUCCUAGUACGUUACGAUGUCGAAGAGAUCUUCAGACAUUCUUUUAUAGCGAAAUAUGAUGUCUUCGAUAUUGCCACGCGUAGUGCCAUCAAAAUCCAUAAUGGCGAAAAAUUGCAAUAUUGUGGUUGGUCCCCGGUUAAGGAUCGUUUGGCUUAUGUUUACAAUAACAAUGUUUUCAUACAUUUUGGUGAAAAUUUGGAAGUACAAAUCACAUCGGAUGGCAUUGAUGGUGUUUUCUAUAAUGGUAUACCCGAUUGGGUGUAUGAGGAGGAGGUGUUGAGUAGUGGCUCUGCCAUGUGGUGGUCCGAUGAUGGCAAUUAUUUGGCUGUAGGUGUUUUCGAUGAUACCAAUGUGGAAACUUUUAAAUAUUUCAUAUAUGGUGAGGCUGAAGAUCCCUUGUAUCAAUAUCCCAAAGAGGUGGAUUUGAAAUAUCCCAAACCGGGUACAAAUAACCCAGUGGUGGCUUUGAGAGUUUUCGAUUUGAGUUUGGAUCCUAACUAUGUGACCAUUAAGGCUCCCGUAGAGGUGGUGAGCAGUGAUCAUAUUUUACAAAGUGUUGCCUGGACUAGUGAUCGCAAACUGUUGAUCACUUGGUUGAAUAGACGUCAGAAUAUUGCCAGUUUACAGUUGUGCGCUGUGUCAGGAGAAUGCGUGGAGGUUAAACGUAUUGAAGAGCCUAAAGGUUGGGUAGCCAUUGGCAAUCCUAUAUGCUUAAAGAAUAGUGAAAAUUGUUUGUUCAGUUAUUGGAUUGAUAACUGGUAUCAAGUAUGGAAUUUAGAUUUGAAAACUGGUCAAAAUAUUUGGCGUUCUCUGGGAGAGUUUACUGUCUUGAAGGUUUAUGGUUAUGAUGAAGAAAAUGAUAAACUAUACUACCAGGCCACUUUGGAAAGUGAUCCUUCCGUUUAUCAUGUGUUCAGUAAUAAAGAUUGUUUAACUUGCAAUUUGCUGGAUGUUGAGGGCGUAGCCUGUCGUUCAGCUGCUGCUGCCUUUAGUAAAAGUUACUCCUAUUAUACUGUUUCCUGCAGUGGACCCAAUCCCAGCUAUACCAAAAUUUUCGCCACAAAGACCAACACUGAAGUCAAAAAUUGGGAAGAUAAUCAGGCUUUCCGCGUCAAGUUGGCUUCAAAACUUAGGCCUGAAAUUAAAUUUUUGAAAGUUCCUUUAGCUGAUGGUUCCAUAGGUAUGGCCAAAAUUCAAUUUCCUCCAAAUUUAGAUACCAACAAAAAAUAUCCCAUGAUUAUUUUUGUCUAUGGUGGACCGAACUCGGUGAAAAUCACUAAUGGUUUUGUUGUGGGUUUUGAUGCCUAUAUGACCACCAAUCGUGAGGUUAUCUAUGUGCAAGUGGAUGGUCGCGGUACCGGUAAUAAGGGUAAAGAUUUACUAUUUUCUGUCAACAAUCAUUUGGGUGAAUUUGAGGUUGAGGAUCAAAUUCAUGUUACGAAAUAUUUACAAGAGAAAUACACUUUUAUUGAUAAAGAUCGUUGUGGUAUUUGGGGUUGGAGUUAUGGUGGUUAUAUGACAGCCCGCACUUUGGCCAAUGAUACCGAAAGAGUAUACCAAUGUGGCAUUUCAGUGGCCCCCGUAACAUCUUGGUUCUACUAUGACACCAUUUAUACCGAACGUUAUAUGGGUUUGCCGACUGAAAAUCUGAAGAAAUAUUUGGAUACCAGUGUUUUGGAACAAGUUCAUAACUUCCGUAAUCAUGACUUUAUGUUGAUUCAUGGUUCGGGUGAUGACAAUGUCCACUAUCAACAGUCUUUGAUGUUGGCCAAGGUCUUACAGGCUCAUGAUAUCUUGUUUGAGGAAAUGACUUACACCGAUGAAAACCAUUCUAUUGGUAAUUUCUUGCCUCAUUUGUAUAAUACUAUGGAUCAUUUCUGGAUCAACUGUUUAAAUUGGAUGUCGAGGAGGAAGAUUAAAACCUGUUUUUUAAGUUUUUAGUCUUAUGUUUGAUACAAAUUUAUAGUAUUCCUUAUUUUCCUUGAUAUGUUUACAGAAUUUUACAUUUAAUUAUUUAAACUUUAUUAUAUAUUUUUUUAAUUUAAUACUAAAGUAAAGCUGAUAUUUUGUGAUGAAGAAAUGAAAUUUAA